AUGGUCAACACAGAUUUCGACAAGAUUUACUUGAAUCAGUCAAGGCUCAAUGGGCGUAUGCGUAUCGCCGACUCUGGUUUGGGUUGGAAAGCUGCAGCUUCCAGCGACUCUGCUGCCAACGCUCCAUUUUUGUUGCCCUCUGAAGAAAUUUUGGCCGCCCAGUGGUCCAGAGGCUCGCGUGGCUAUGAGUUGAGGGUGCAGACUAAGAACAGAGGCGUUGUAAUGCUUGAUGGUUUUGACGCGGAAGACUUCUCCAAAAUGAAGCAGGAGUUACAGAGAAACUUCCACUUGUCCUUGGAACAUAAGGAACAUUCAUUGAGAGGUUGGAACUGGGGCGCCACCGACUUGGCGAGGAAUGAAUUGGUGUUCCACAUCAACAACAAGCCAACGUUCGAAAUCCCCUACGCAGAAAUCUCCAAUUCUAACUUGACCGGAAAGAAUGAAGUGGCACUUGAACUUAAUGUGGGCACUGACGACAAGGUGGGCGACGAGCUCGUAGAGAUGAGAUUGUACAUCCCAGGAACCAUCGAGAACGAGACGAAAACCAUUGUCAAGACGGACGAAGGCGAAGAGAAAGAGGAGGAAAACACCGAGGAGGUCAGUGCUGCAGCUGUAUUCUACGAUCAGCUUAAAGACAAGGCAGACAUUGGCCAGGUAGCAGGCGAGGCCAUCGUUUCGUUUGCUGAUGUGUUGUUCUUGACACCAAGAGGCCGUUACGAUAUAGACAUGUAUCCCACAUCUUUGAGAUUGCGUGGUAAGACAUACGACUACAAGAUCCAGUACAAGCAGAUUGAGAGAAUAUUCUCGUUGCCCAAGCCAGAUGAUGUCCACCACUUGAUCGUUUUGCAGAUUGAUCCUCCUUUGAGACAGGGUCAAACAAAGUAUCCAUUCUUGGUGUUGCAGUUCUCUAGAGAAGAAGAGACUGAGUUGGAGUUGAACUUGGCAGAUGAUGUGUACGAGGAAAAGUACAAGGAUCGCUUGAAGAAAACCUACGACUCUCAAACACAAUUGGUGGUAUCCCAUUGCUUGAAGGGUUUGACCGAGCGCAGACUUAUCGUUCCUAGCUCUUUCCAAUCCAGAUUUUUGCAAGCAGGUGUGUCUUGUUCCCUAAAAGCUUCGGAGGGUUACUUGUAUCCAUUAGACAGAUGCUUCUUGUUCGUCACCAAACCCACAGUUUACAUUCCCUACACAGAAGUCAGCAGCGUGACUAUGUCGCGUACAUCCACCGGAGUUUCUGCUUCCAGAACAUUUGACUUGGAAGUGAACUUGAGAGGAACAAACCAAUCGCACAUUUUUGCUAACAUCGACAAGGAAGAGCAAGAGACUAUUGAGAGAUACUGUCAGGAGAAGGGCUUAAGAAUCAAAAAUGAAGAAAAAUUGGCCAAGGCCAUGUUGGCCAAAGCUAUGACUGGAGACGAUGAUGACGACGACGAUGAAGAUGCUGAUGUCAAUAUGAGUGGGGAAGAGAGCGAGGACGGAGAUUUUGGCUCUGGAUCCGAUUCAGACGUUGCAGAGGAAUUUGACUCGGAUGCCUCAGGAUCUGACAGUGACGAGGAGAUGGCAUCGGGCGACGAGAAAGGUGAACCACCAAAGAAGAAGGCCAAAACUUAA